UGCAGAGGGCUGCUUGUUCCCAGAGACCCUCAGAGCUCCAGGACGCCCCAGUCUCUCAGCUGCUCGCAGCCCAGACACAGCAGCCCAAACCUGGACAGAGACCGUCACCUGCUGCCCCUCUCCUCCUGGAGCUCCAACACCUGUUUGGAUUACUGAUGGAUGGGAAGAAGAAAGCUGUAUUUUAAGGACGGACAUUUUGGCAGUGCGGGAGUUUAAAGAGAGUAGUCUGGAGGAGGAGAAGACAAGAGGACACUUUCAACUUUUAUUCAGACUCCAAACGAUCGGACGGAAUUGAUGCAAACUUUGGCGUAACUAAAGCGAGUUGUCUCCCCUUUGAAGAGGAAACUUUGGUCCACUUGUCACUUCACAGGAACUCUGGACUCGUCCAGGAUUUUACUUUAAGAUAUUUGGAGGUUUAAACAUGUCAGGCAGAUCAGUUUUUUCCUGAAUAGAAGCAUUCUUGGAAACAUUUGCAGGUCUUUUGUUUUGUUGUUCUGUGAGAGGAUUAUUUUUCACAUUUAAUCCUGCGUUAUGGCUCUGAGUGGCGCUCUGAGUGGCGCUCUGUGGGUGUGUCUGUGCGUGCCGAUACUUCUCACGGAUGGCAAAAGCGUAGGGCAACACGACAGUCAGCCUAACAGCCUCAAGAAACCGUCCUCCCACACCAAACUGGAACCCCUUUGGAUCGCCAAGCAGCCCAGGACCCGGGUCGACGGCCCCAACCAGAGCGCCCCCCUCCCUGAGAUGUUGGAUCUAGACCUGGAUCAGCAGCACCGCCGCCAGGUCCGAGGCGCCGAUGAGGACGAGCAGCAGUCCACCUUUAGCCAGUCCUUUGAGAACGACUCUGUGACGGCGCCGCAGGACACCGAGUUCGACAACGGGACAAAAGUCGGAGCGGGAGACGACGGCAACAAGGACAAUAAUGAUCGUCAUGGAAACUCCUCGAGCUCUGACAAAGACGCGCCAGGACUUUUCAACCCGUUCUACCCGCUGGUGGAGAGCUCGUACUCGGCCUACGCGGUGCUCUUCCUGGCCGGCCUGGUGCUGGCGGUGGGCGUGGUGGGAAACAUGGCGGUCAUGUGUGUCGUCUGGAACAACUACUACAUGAGGUCCGCCUGGAACUACCUGCUGGCAAGCAUGGCAUUCUGGGACUUCCUGGUCCUGGUGCUCUGCCUUCCUGUGGUGGUCCUCAACCAGCUCUCGCAUAGGAGGAUCCUGGGUGACAUCACCUGCCGAAUGGUGCCUUAUAUGGAGGCCGUGUCUCUGGGCAUCACCUCCUUCACUCUGUGCGCUCUGGGUAUCGAUCGUUUCCACGCCGCCACCUCCUCGUCCCAGCCGAAGGCGCGGCGUGUGGAGCGCUGCCGCUCGGUGCUGCUGAAGCUGAUUCUCGUGUGGCUCGCCGCUCUGCUGCUGUCCAGCCCUGAGAUCUUCCUGUGGCAGCUGAGCCAGGCCGUGUCCCCGUCCACCGGGCGACUGGUCGACUCCUGCACCAUCACCCCCUCCUCCCCUCUGUCCCUCUACCUGCCCGACUCCCUCCACUCUCUGCUGCUCAGGUACCACCAGGGUCGUAUGUGGUGGUGUUUCGGCUGCUACUUCUGCCUCCCCAUUCUCUUCACCAUCCUCUGCCAGAUGGCCACCCGCAACGUCAACAGCGACUCUAGCUCCGCCCAAAAGCAGCGUACCCACGACGACCGCUCCUCCAAUCAGAAGCGUCAGCAGCACCAGGCGGUGGAGCGCCAGCUGAACUGCACGCUGCUGGCGCUGGCUGUGGUCUACGGCGUCUGCGCUCUGCCCGAACACGUCUGCAACAUCACGCUGGCAUACACGCACAUCACCGUCUCGGAGGACACGGCCGCCAUGCUGGCUCUGCUGCAUCACUUCCUGUUGUUCUUCAAGUCAUCGGUGACGCCGGUGCUGCUGCUCUGUCUGUGUAAGGCUCUCGGUCAGGCCUUCAUGGACUGCUGCUGCUGCUGCUGUCAGGAGUGUCAGCCAACCUCGGCUCAGGGCUCGCCGAGCUCCGCCCAGGUCAAACUGAAGUCGGCCAAUGAGGCGUCCAUCUUCUUCGACAAGGCUAAAGAAACGUCUGCCAUCUUGGCAAUCUCCAGCUAGAGCCAUAGAUCCCUCUUUCAACAUCAGUCCCAGCGUUUCAAAUCUUCUUUCACCGCCCGAGUGUUUCUCCUCUUCCUUUAGAUUUAGUUUCUUUUCUUGUCUCUAAAAUAUUUUUCUCCCACGUCUGGGUUUUCUCUUCAUCCAUUUCUCUCUUUCAGAACACAUCAAUGGUCAUCUUUCUUCAUCUUCCCAUCCGUCCUCUCCUCCUC